AUGUCUCUUACCUUAAAACUCUCGUCCCUUGUCAUCCGCACGCUCUCAAAACCCAUCGCGAACAGCAUCAAAGCCCAGGCUCGCGAACAUGAACGGUUUCGACGAACCUGCGUUUCCAUCGCGCAGGCAGUUCACCGCAUCGACAUGCGCUUGAGAUUGGGCCUUCUACGAGACACAGCUGCGAUCGAGGCCCAAGCCGCGAAGGAAGCAGCCGAGGCCCAGGCGCGAAAACAUAAACCAAAAUCUCCUACAGCGAAAACAGAAGCGGAGAGCAAAGCUGAGGAAGAGGAAGCCGCACAGGCAAAGAAACAAGCCAUAGAGAAAGCAAGAUCAAAACCUCUGCCGCGAAUUCGGCCGCUUUCCGAAUCUAAAGCUAUUGAUUCGGGAGCAAACUUCAUCAGCGAAACAUUUCUUUUCCUGGUAGCAGGUGGCCUGAUUGUGUUUGAAUCGUGGCGCUCAAGGCGCAAAGAAACGAAUCGCCAGACAAAUGUCCAGGAUCGAUUGAAUGAGUUGGAGGAAUCAGAAAAGGCUGCCCGAAGGGCAUUGGGUAUACUUGAGAAGGAGCUCAUACAGCUCAAGGCGCAUCAAGGGAAACAUCCCGUCAAAGAUGUAAAACGGAUUCUUCCUAGUGAUGUCUGGGAGGACGAUGGACAGGAAGUAGUCCCUAAAGCGGAGCAAGACCAGAGCUGGGCUUCUUGGAUCUCGUCUUACUUCCCUUCUUCAGAAAAAACAGCCCAGAAACCAGAAGCAGUUCAGCCUAUUGUGCCUACUUCCACGGCAGACAAAGCCACUACCUCGCCCUCAGGCACGGAGUCGCCUCAUUCUAUAAUCCCUACGAUAUUGACUCCUCACCCAACAAAGCCUUCACCGAAAGAUUUCCACGCCGUUGUGUCCGCAUCUCUUCGAGGCCGUCCGGUUUGGGAGGUGCUCCUUCCUAUUCUUGACUCGAAUAACGAGCUCACGUUCGAAGAUUCACCUGAUAAUAUAUGUGAUCUCACCUUCUAUUGCCCCAACGAAACUUGGGCGUCCAACGUCGAGGUACAUUGCAUUCUCGUCACCCCUCCUGAUAUCGAGGCAACCAACAGACAAGCAACAUUGAUUCGUGCCGAAAAGCUUGCGAUUGCAACGCAUAAGAACGUUCAGAGUCGAUGUGAUCGAGUGAUUGUUUUCGUGUGUUCAGCUACGGCAUUUCAAACAGCAAGCAGAUACUGCAGCAUAGAUGGAUUUGUGUCUUUGCAGGUACUCCUUUUCGACUCGCCGUCAGCUGCGGCUUUGCCCAUCAUUAUAGUAGGCGAACCUAGCGAGCUAUUGUCAUCGAUCAAGGAGCGCUGUCAAGUUCUCCAGCAUCACCUCGACCAGUCUCCUGAACGUCCCCAUUUGGGAAGUUCUGCAUCCUCGCUGCGCCUCUUAGAGCAUAUUGUCGCCCAUGCCUCUGAUUCGGUCACCUGCCAGCAGAACCUGAAUAUUCUCAGCGAUCUUUUUCCGUCGCUUCGUGCUCUAAGUGCAGCUAUCAGAACAAUGGAGGGUCGUCAGCUUAUUGCAGACUACUUAGGCAGCCGUGUUGCAAGAAACAUUGUAGCGUUUUGGAGCGAGGAAAGGAUUGCGGUUGAGAAUAGGGUAUUUUGA